AGUGAUGUUCGACACAGUAACUGAUUCAGCCUCAUUAGUUACCCAAAACCGGAAGCGAUCACUUGUAAAUGUAGCGCAGAAUUAACAAAAUCUCAAACAAAAUGGUUGUAACAGGUUUGUUUCGUUGAAAAGAAAAAUAUUUGACGGUAUCUUGUCGAACGUUAGAAACAAAACCAAAACAAAAUUUGCUGGAGCAACACAGAAGAACCAGGUUCUAGUCCACUUCAUAUUUUGUUUCCAGCAACCGCAGCCUCAAAUUUGCGGACUGAUACAGACAAUUCAGCGCUAUUGUACCACAGCAAGUAAGGUUAAUCUGGGUCGAGAAAAACGAAAAGAAAUAUCAAAAUUUGAAUGAAAAUUAAAGGAACCAUUUAAAAACAAACGCAUUGAAAACACAAUCCUGGUCGCACCCUUACUUAAACGAUCGGUAUACACACGUACGCAUACGGCCUUUCCGCAUUAACGCAAGAAAAAACGCAGCUCAGGGGACGCGAAACUCCAACCUCGCAGCCGUCUCCAUUUUAACUCCAAGCCCGUUUGUACCUCACGUGUUCUGGACUGUCUUUCUCACAUGACCGGUGUGUUUGUCCCCGUGAUCAACACUUCCAUCUCCGUCUGUCUGUGUCCCUGAAUAUCACGUUUUAAUUUUUAACCCCCAUGGAUAUGCUAGAACAGAGUUUGGACACCACUACGAGUCACGACAAACAGGACACCGGGGACACUGUGCAGGAAGGGGAAGUUCCAGGCAGGGAAAAGCACUCCACAAUUGCCAUAGCGAACAUUCAGGAGACGGGUGCUUUCACCGACCAUAAUGUCCAGUACCAGUUCCGCACAGAGAACAGUGGUGGACAGGUGACGUACCGUGUCGUCCAGCUAACGGACGACCAGCUCGAGGCGGGAGGUGAUGGGAGCGGGGCCGUCAGCGUGGUCUCUGCAGCUGCCUUCUCGGGGGCGCAAGUCGCACAGGCCGUGAUCCAGAACCCCUUCAGUAAUGGCGGGAGUCCCGCUGGGGAGUCUGUUUCUGGAGAGACACGUUUCUACUUCCCCGCUGCGGCCAUGAGCGACGGCACGGGCGCCGUGUCGGUCCAGACCACCGCCGAGCCCAGCCUCACUCAGGCAGGAGGCCAGCUGUAUGUGAUGAUGAAUACUCCUGACGUGCUGCAGACCGUGGCCCCCCGAACCAUCGCCCCCCGCACACACCCUUACACCACGAAGUUGGAUGGGCCUCGGGUGCCAAGAGAUGAUAGGAGGAGGGCACAGCACAAUGAAGUGGAGAGACGGAGAAGGGACAAGAUCAAUAACUGGAUUGUCACCCUGUCCAAGAUGAUCCCCGACUGCACCAUUGACAGCACCAAGACUGGCGCAAGCAAAGGCGGUAUUCUGUCCAAGGCCUGUGACUACAUUCAGGAGCUCAGGCAGAACAACCAGAGACUUCAAGACAGUUUCAAGGAUGUGGAGAGAGUGCAGGUGGACAAUGAGCUGCUCAGACAGCAGAUCGAGGAGCUGAAGAACGAAAACGCGCUCCUGCGCGCCCAACUACAGCAGCACGGGAUCGAAGCGGCGGGAGAGACCGUGUCGCAGUGAGACAGGAUCGCGCUCACGCCCACGGGGGUGCGGAGCGACGGGACGGGACAGGAGGAAGAGGACGCCGCUCCCGACGAAGAGCGGCCCUCUGUGACUCUUCUCUCCCCGCGGACAUCACACUCACGAGUAGCGGGCGGAGCGGACCCUGUAGUACUUCCCCUUCCGCUUUUAAAGACUCACAACCUUCUCACAACGUUCCUGUCCAGAUGCAGGGAGGCUGCAUCCUCUCCUGCACGUAUUCAUUACGAAUCGAGGGCGACCUUCAUGCACAUUAUUACCAUUGGUUUAUUCUCAGUAUAUUUCAGGUUGUUUUUAGUAAAAUUUUUGUUGUAAUUCUUUUUUUUUUUUGUCCUUCAGUGUAGCUUGUUUGGUUAUGUCAAUGUCUGCUUUAAUGUGAGUUGCGGGGGUGGACGCAAGGUGGCAGUUGGAGUGCUGCACGGGGUCAAACAAAAUGGCCGCCCCAGCACCCUGGGCUUGGCUUCUAGGGCAAUUCCUCAGCUCUACAGCUGGUAAUGCUGCCUCAGUGUAGCCUCCUCCAUUCAGAUGACUGAUUUUGUAAAUGAUUGAAUAAUUACCAGGCUUUUUUUUAUCUGACAGUAAUGCAUGUAAUGGUGUAGCGUGGGGAUCUCCCAUUCCCGAGACGCUGCGCUCACUCACACAAAGUGACGCAGAGUUGACCGUGAUGUACAAAGCUGCUCAAACGCUUUGGGAUGAAGGAUAGAAGCUGUGAUUUGUCCUUUUUUUUGGGAGGCAGUGUGCUGGCAUUGUUGCGUUGGGAGCCUGUGACUAUGUGUAUUGGAGUUCACCAAUAUCUGUGUUGAGGAAGUGUGUGUGUGUGAGAGCGAGCGUGAGCGUCUGUGUAUGUGAGCGUCUGGUGUGGUUCUGGGGCAGAUUAUCUGCAAGUUUGUUGUUAUGCUAGUUUAUUUUUCAGCAUAUCAUGCAUUGUGUUCAGCGCAGAGGAAUUGGAGCACUGAGCCUUUGUCAGCUUAAUUAAGAUGCAAAUGCUUUAGCCUGUACCUACAAAAAUGUACACAGAAGGGUAUUUCAUUUUGGGUUUUGAUUAACUGUAAAAUGUUCACAUUAUUUUAUUUUGUUCUUCCUCAAAUAACCUUGAUGAGGUUAUGAGGAUUGCUGAAUGAUUCAUUGACAGAGGCCAGAAGAGGAUCAACUGAACGGCCAAAUCAUUGACAUUCUUCAACGUGCGUUUCCCAUCUUUAAACUCUCAGCCCAAGAGACUUCACAACGCUGUCUACAAACAGCCUUUCCUAAGUUCAGCAAUAUUCACUGCUUAUUGGGAUGGAGUGAUUGUGUGACAAUUCCUGUAAAAAUGAAAGAUUUGAUAAGCUAAGGACUAAACUCUGGUCUGUAAUGUAAAUCCGUAUGUUGGUGUAAAGAGUCUGAAUUUCUAGAUUUAGAAAUUUGAUAGAUUUUUCUAAAUCAAAUUAGAUUUGAUUUGUUUUAUUUACCAGUUAAUAUAGGCUGGAGGCCAAACGCAUAGAGACAAUUUUUUCGGUAAAAAAAAAAAGAAGAAGGAAAAAGCAUUCAAAAAGAUAUUUAUUUGUAUCUUUUUUAAUGUCUAAAAAAGUCGCCAGAUGACAGCAGCAAUGGAAUAAUGGGAGGACGGUCCCUUACCGAGAACUAAUCUCUCACCAAUAGCAUGCCAAGGAUGGGAAUUUUAUAAACAAGGAAAAAAUAAAGACUUGAGUUAUUUGUCUGAGUCUG